AUGGUCAACCCACGGCAGAGCCCACCACAAAGACAAGUAUCGGCUUUCUCAGAGACACUCGACAACACGCCGCCAAUUCCUGUAGAGUACGGACAGAACAGCCAAGGUCAAUAUCAAGACAAGAAGUAUCAACCUAAUGCGUACGCAUACUUCUCUGCACCAGAGGCUGUCGAGCAACAACAACAAUACCCUCACUAUGGAGUUCCUCCACAAGGGCCCGGAUCGCCACCACCACAAUAUGCUAUUGCGCAACCUUACGGUCCAGGUGAGAAGGGCAAGCACGACGCCGGCGCCACCGAGGCGGCGGUAGGGACGCCCCCCGCACAGGAGACGAAGAUCGCCGGAAUGCGCAAACGUACCUUCUGGAUCGUCCUUUUCGUUGUUAUCGCACUCAUACUCCUUGCUGUGGGCUUAGGUGCGGGGCUGGGAAUAGGAUUGAACAAAAAGAACGACGGUGACGAAGUCAUCGCGGACCCCUUCUGCAAGGAAAAGCCAGAUUUAUGCAUUGGUGGUGCUCUCGACUCAAGGUACUUCUCCAAGAAGGGUGCUUUCAACGGAUCAGGUAUUGCAUUGGCAGGAGAAUCUUGGAAUCACAACGAGUUACGACUGUUCACGAUUUACUACCAACACUGGACGGGAGAGAUCCGAUACAAGCAGUACACGAAGGACCGUAAGUGGGUCGGAGGAACGAGCAGUGAGACGGUCGCCAAGAACGCAAAGAACGGAACAACCAUUUCGGCGGUAGCAUUCACGAAAAAUGAAACUGCAUACGUUCAUAUCUAUUAUAUCUCAAAGGACCACCAAGUCAACCAGCGUAUUCUGGCCAAUGACACCAAUCUCUGGGAGAACGGACCAAUCAACGACAUGAAGCUCGAUGUUCUAGACAACCCCAGCGUUGGUCUACAGGCUUGCUACAAGGGCAACUUCUACGGCGACUCUGACUACAAAAAGCUCCCUACGGCCAACGGCGAAACAAACGAAGUCCCAUUCGAAGGUACAACAGGCAUUAAUCUCUGGUACGCGAGCGAUGAGUCUACCUUCCAGCAGUACGUUUGGUAUUCGAACGAUGAAGAUGCGUGGGUCAAGGUCAGCCCGUGGACGAACAAGAACGUACAUGCGGGUGUCGGUUGCUACUCUUGGGGUGGCGGCACGAACACCUACACCAUGAUGGUCAACGACAACAAUGCGACAGAGAUUUGGUGGAAGGACGGAAACAGCACCGGCAUCAGCAGCGACUCGCACCCUGUCAACGCUUGGACAAAUUCAUCUGCGGCAAUCCCCAAAGUGGAUCCUACGACCUCGCUGGGCUACACCAACUACCUCUACAUGCAGAUGGCAGACCAAACCAUCAAGGGCUUCAACGUUCAGUUCGAUGCAGAGAAUACUUCCAUCAACGACGACCAGUUCACUAUCUCACCACUCGGCGUAGACGAACACGCGCUCAGUGGUACCCACUUGACCUGUACUGCGGUAGCUGUCAAGGACGACAAAAACUCAUCCAUCACGGUAUGGGAUAGUUUGUAUGUAUUUGUGCAGACGGAGGGAGACGAUAUUACGGCAUAUGCAAGGCCGCUCAAGGGCGGAGAGUGGUCCAAGGCGCUCUUGGAGCUAUCAGACGAUUGA